AUGCAAUUUAUCGGUGUCAUUCUCCUUGUCGUUAUUGGUUCACAAAUAGUUGAUUCAUCACUGUUUGGUUCACAAAUCAUUAAAGGUCUAGCCGCUGAUACACCAUCAACAAGAGGCAUAUUUGAACAAACAUGUUCAAAAUUGUACGAUCUUAUGGCAUUUCCACGUAAAGUUGUUGAUGUUCAAGUACUUAUUCCUAGUCCACUGCGUAUUCGUGCAAAAGUUGAAAUAACACAUCCAUCAACUGGUUAUAAAGAUCAUUUCUUUGUAGAAGGUUCUGUAUGUCAAAAUGGGUUUGAUCAAUAUGCAGCAGAUGCCGUCUGUCGUUCAUUAAACCAAGGUUUUGCUGAUUUCUUAGUCAAUCGUCCACCUCCAUCAAAUCCAAAUGCACCAAACAAUAAAUGUUUCUUUCAAUAUGGGCAAGAUCAAUUAGAAAUUGCAUGUACAUAUCUACAAAGUUUUUCUGAUUGUCCAGCAAAUGCAAUUAAUUUAUCAAGCUGUGCGCAAUCAAAAUUAUUUGAACAUCAAUGUGCUGGUAACAUGCAUGUUGCAGUUAUAUGUUCAUAA